AUGGCUUUGAAGAGGUUGAAGAUAUCAGUUCCUCAUUUUGAUAACACGGAUUUGAUCAAGAGCUAUGCCAUGACCCUGGUGGGGAGAUGUAUGAAUCCGGAGGCGCAGAAGGUUGAUGUGUUGCUUGUGAUGCUACCUAAGAUUUGGAAGUUCCACUUCGAGAGAGAAGAAGAUAUCAAAGCGGUUUUGGAGAUGCAGCCGUACCACUUCGACUACUGGAUGCUCUCAUUGGCACGAUGGCAACCACAUAUGCCGAGGAAUUUUCCAUCGGAGAUUCCAUUCUGGAUUAAAGUGGAGGGUGUCCCACUCGAGCUAUGGUCCACAGCAACAUUUCAAAGCAUAGGUGAUGCUAUUGGCGAGACAACAUACGUGGACUUAGACUUUGGUAAGAUGAGAGUGGUGCUUGAUGGGGCUAAGGCUUUGUGCUUCGAAACGGAGGUGGAUUUCAAGGGUGGUGUGUUCUAUUAA